CAAAUACACUUCCUGGUGUUGAAUUCAAUGACUGCUAAAGUUAAUUUUUAUUAUGGCAGCCUCUGAUCCAGUGUGUUUAGUUUGUGAACAAAGUGAUGUUGUAAAACCCGCAGUCACAUGGUGUAAUAUAUGCGAAGGCCUAUGUGAAGAAUGUAGUUUGGUCCAUAGAUUUAUUAAAGGCUGUUCAUCACUAUUACAUACCACUAGUUUGGUAGAAAACCGCAAGAAAUUACCAACAUUCAUUGGAGAAAUAAAACAGAUCUGCGACGACCACAGCGAACCAUUUGUUUUAUAUUGCACUAUUCACGACGAACCAUGCUGCUCACAAUGUAGUGCUCAAAAGCAUUUAACUUGCUCAAGUUUCCGUUCGCUAGAGGUCAUGACUAAGAAUGCAGCAGAAUCAGCAUCUCUGACUGACAUUGAAAACGGCAUUGAUAGGCUCAGUAAAAAUUGUGAUAUUGUCAGAAGCAACAGAGAAACUGCAUUGACAAAAUAUCAAGACGAGGUAAACACGUUGAAGUCUAGUUUUAAAUCGUUACGUGAAAACAUGAUCAGUAUUUUCGAUCAAGCAGAAAAGGAUCUAAUCCUGAAGGUCGAUAACAUCGGGAAACCAUACACAGAGGAAAUCGAAAAUAUUACAUCUGUUAUGACAAAUCUUAGUUUGCGAUUAGAAGACAUGCGCAAAGGUUUAACAGCUAUGAAAUUAUUCGGAACAAGUUAUCAGAUUUUUGCUGGGAUCAGGACAAUGAGAACUAAGCUCGAUAAAGAAGAAAGAGUUUUGGAGGCUCUCCUAAUUGACGGCAAAGUAUUCAGACAAAGAGACAUUACAUUUAAGUUUGAAUUUGAUUCGUUGCCAUCGCUGGUUGGAAAGGCAGUGGAGUUUGAUACAGAAGAGACAAAUUGUACUCUUCAACUUUUGGGAAAUCAGUCUGUUCAAACUCAAUUGGUAAGACACAAAACUUAUACUAUUGAAGAUAUCAAAUUUAAUAAGGUAAAAUCUUUUGAUUUGUCUAAUCCUAGAUCAGAAAGAUUUGUCGCUGAUUGUGUGUUUUUACGCAAAGGAGUAUUUGUGUUUACUGACUGGAGCGAUAAUAAAGAGGUUGUCAUGUGCACAGAGGAUGGGGUAGUUGCCAAAACAUUUCAGCAAAGGGAUAAACCUUACGGAAUUACCCGUCAUUCUCAGCAUUCCAUUGCAAUUACGAUUCCAGACUUAAAGGAAAGUAUUCUGAUUGAAUUAGAAUCAGCCGAAGAGAGAGGUAAAAUAACAUUCGAAAGAAGAUGUUGGGGAAUUACAUCGGAUAGUUCACAACGAUAUAUAAGGGUAUAUGAAGGUGGUAUUCAAUGCGUUGAUGAUGACGGUAAGUCUCUGAAAAGCUUGCCUGUAGAAGGAUUUGUCACUCACGUUGCCUAUUUUAACGGAAAAUUGUACUACACCCAACAUAAUCCGAAUUUAGUCAAGUGUUGUACUAUUGAUGGGGGUGCAGUAUGGCAAUUAUCGACAGAUGGAGAACCUUACGGAAUAACUGUGGGAAAACACGGAUUUGUUAUCGUUGCUCUAAAUACAAGUAAUAAAGUAAUAGUGAUCAGUCCAAAUGGAAUAUCAACAAAAGAUGUAACAUCUAGUUUUGAGGGUUUCAGUUCUCCUUACGCAGUAGAUUAUGAUUUAGACAGGGAUAAAUUGCUAGUUGCUAAAGAUAACACUGGCGUUUUCGAAGUAUACGAUGUUUCGUUUGAAUAAGAAAAGCAACCUAGAAAAGAAAUUCAAUGACACUAAUAUUUACAACCACAAAUUGAUACUGAAGAAGAUAUAAAGUGUUUUCAGUUUAUCAUUAUUUAAGUGCCACUUGUAUAUUAAACGUUUAAAAGGUUAUCCAAUAUCGUUUAACGUUUGUCUUACAUAGAGAAUUUUAAACACAAAGAAUGACUUGGGAUCAAUAAUCAUAAAAGACAAAACCAGAUUGCUAUAUGAUCACAAUAAAUCAGAUCUGUCAGUGUUGAAAAUCACUUAGUUUCAAUAUCUUAAGAAAUAUGUCUAAGGCCCCAAGCUUCUCUGGUUUUCCAGUAUUUAUACAUCAUUGACCUUAAAAUGAAAUCAAAUACCAGUAUUGUGAAAUUCAAGGAUAC